AUGACGGACCAGUUUAAGGGGAAGUUCGGAUGUCUUAUAUGUAUCGACAAGACGUCGUACAAGUACCUCACCUCCAUAGGCAAGGUAGUGUACAUGCGUCAUCGUUGGUUCUUACCUCAGAGGCACAGGUGGCGUGCGAAGGAUAGAUUAUUCGACAAGACAGUAGAGAACGAUCUAGCUCCUGAAACACGAACUGGUGCACAAGUGUUCGAGCUGACUAAGAACAUUAAGGUCGUGUUCAGGAAGGGAAAGAAGAAGGCCGUCAGGAGGACGAAACGGAUGGAUCAGAACAAUACAGACGCAACGUAUGAGGAAACUGCCUUGCCUUUCAAUAAGCACUCAAUAUUUUUCAGCUAUCUGGAAUACUGGAAAGACCAGGUGGUUCGUCAUGCCAUCGACCUAAUGCAUCUCGAGAAGAAUGUGUUCGACAGCACCAUUGGCACUUUACUGGACAUCCCGACUUACUUCAAUAUGACGGAGCAUCUGAUUGUCCACAUCGUCCCUCAGAUUAUCGAAAUUGGUCCCCUAUACCUACACCAGAUGUGGGCGUAUGAGAGGUACAUGUCGGUUCUGAAAGGGUAUGCCCCUGGGACGGGGAUCAUAGGCAAGAAAAGGUUCUAUGAUGAGGACUACAGAGCUGUAGCAGAAGCACAUAGCAGCGUGUUGCAACAGCUCGCCAUUGUCGAGCCAUACAUUGAGGAACACAUGAACGAGAUAAGAGCCAACAAUCCUAGAAGAACGGCCACUUGGAUCUCUAAGGAACAGAAACGCAAAUUUCCUGAAUGGUUGAAGGAGAAAGAGCUGACAUUCGGUGAAUCACUCGAGGAAAAAACAUUGCACAGGCUAGCAAAUGGCCCAAGUAGCCUCGUGACCUCAUGGCAAGGGUACGAUAUUGGUGGAUAUAGGUUUUACACAAUAUGCAAGGACAAGAAAAGCGCAGCUCAGAAUAGCGGAGUUCGGAUGGAGGCGUUUGACGCAUCAAGCGAGAAGAAGUCUUACUACGGGAUCACACAAGACAUUUGGGAGCUUGCCUAUGUCCUUAACAUCCAGAUCCCGGUGCUACAAUGCCAAUGGGUCAGAGACACAACAGGCGUAUCCAUCGAUAACUACGACCUUACGAUUGUAGAACGCAACAAGCUAGGACACAAGGAUGAUCCGUGGGUUCUUGCUAAGCGUGUUGCAUAG